UCAGAAGCCAAACUAGAAUAUUAUAUAUAAUGAAAAAUACACUCGGUUGCUAGAUAGAAUCAUUUAAGUGUUAACGAUUUACAGAGAUAGUAAACACACAACCAAUUAUCUCUUAACAUUUAUUCCUUAAAAUUGCGUGUGCUUACGAUCGACAGUUGCAAUUAAACUCGGUUAUACUCUCGCGAACCUUUUAACUAUCUACACAUAAAUUAUAUUGCAACUACUUGUACUCUGCUUGGAAGCUGAUAUACAUUUUAAAACAAAAAAACCUAUUUUUUUACCGUAAAGAGUAUAGAGAUUUUAAAACAAAACUACAGAUAUUUUCUUAUUACUGUUCGAAAAAAGUGUUCCUUUUUAUUUUCUCCAAGAAGUUUACCCUAAGAGCUCCUGUUAUCACCUGUUACCUUAAAACAUUUUUGUUGACACACAAUACGAAAUCAUGUCAUAAUGACAGUGUCAAUUUUAUAUGCGUAUAGAUUUUUUAAUACAUAAUUAUUUUUUAUAACUUUUUUAUUCUUUUAUUUGAUAUUAUCAAUAUCGAAGAUGUCUUCGGAUGUUUCAGAAGAAGAAGCAAAGACCGAAAUAAUUUUUGAGACUGUGGUCGAAGAGAGUUCCGAAGAACCUCCAAUGGAUGAAUGGUCUUCUCUCGUAAUGGAAGACGCUUCUGAAAAUCCCAAAAGGUUUUUGUAUGAACAAGGGCUUUACUCACCUGGAAGCGGGGAAAUAUGCGGCAAAUAUAUUUCUCAGUCCGACAGUUCGGUGUUGCGACAUCUCUAUUAUAACUAUCCCGCUGUACUUGAUCCUGGUAUCGAGAAAUCUCUUCUGGAACCUGAAGAAAAGGUCAUUUAUACAGACGAUGGUCAAAAUUUAUACAUGGCGUUGUGUAAAGAAAUGAAUCAAUGCCCUGUUCGCUCAUUUCAUAAAAAUUUACUUACUGACACGAUCGAUCUGAGAUAUUAUUGUAUUAAUCCCUAUGGGGUUCGAGCCAUGGCUAUGGCACUUCGCUAUAACAGAACUGUUACAACAUUAAUCUUGACUGAUAACUUCUUAAACGAUGACGCUUGCUUCCAUUUAAGUGAAAUGCUAACUACAAAUUCGACACUAAAGGAAUUGGUUUUGUCUGGUUGCAAAAUUGGUUCAAGUGGUGCCAAAAAUCUUUUUUCUGGAUUGCACCUCAACCGAGGCCUGAGAACUUUAAAUUUGAACCGAAAUGAUAUAAGAGAUGCCGGACUCGAACAUGUUGCUGCAGCAAAUUUUCGGGGCUUAGACCUAGAGAAGCUUUUAUUAAAGUACAAUGGGAUUUCUGGCAAAUCUGUUAAUAUCUUUUCAGAAACUCUAGAAACUUACAAUAAAUUUACACAUAUCGAUCUCUCCUGGAAUAAUCUUUUUGCCCCCGUUGUCGGGACAGUAAACCUUCUUAUGCUUCUAGCUCAAAGUAAAGUUUUACAGGAAUUAAAUUUAUCUUGGAAUUCUUUGUCUGGUCCGCGUAUUGGAACAGCUCUAAAACAAAUCUUGAGGGCCCCUAAGUUGAAUGUGUUAGAUCUAAGCAAUAAUAAAUUAUCAGGAGAAGCUAUUGAAAUUUUCAUUGGAUACUUGGGUAGGGCAAAGAAAUUAGUCACUCUUAAUUUAUCUUAUAAUCCUAUGACACCAGAAGACGCUUUAAAAGUGCUAAACAAAAUGAAAUUUAAUGCUGUGAAAGUUCAAAAUAUUUUAAUGGAAAAUGUAUUUGUCGAUGGAGAAUUUCUUUUAUUAUUAAAACAAAUAAAAAAUAUGAAAACAAGAAAAAAUACUGUUAUAACGUAUGGUGGUGUUGUAGGAGGAUUCGUACCUGAAGGGCCAGAUAUGAGGGAUUUAUUAUUGAAUCGCAUGGAAUUUUUAACGACGAGGGGCAAGAAACAGAAAGUGGAUAUUUCCCUCGUCGUUAUGCAGAUGGUUAAAGACAAUUACGACAUAAUGCCUGCGAAAGCAUUCCAGGAUGCUAUAGAAGCCACUGGGGCUCCUGUUGACAGUAAUUUAAUAGACGAAAUUAUUAACACUUUCCCAGGUCCGAAGACUCCUAAAACAAAAACAAUACGUUUAAAACUGCUAGUUGAUUAUAUUAAUCGAAAAUGGCCUCACAAAAAAUUGCCGCCUACUCCUCCGCCAGAGCCCGAGCCGGAACCUGAACCGGAACCGGAACCAGAACCCGAACCCAAGAAGAAGGGAAAGGGGAAGAAGAAAUAAAAAAUAUUUAUUUUUUAUAGCUAUUUACUAAAGUUAUUAGAUAUAUUUACAUAUUUUUGUAUCGUAUUUAUUUUUUAGUUUGUGAUUAUAUUUGUCAGUUUUAAUAAACAUCUACUUCCAAGU